AGCCCCUGUUCGUCUUGGCUAGUCAAAUCGAAACCCGCGAGGACUCCCAUGGUGAGCGACGAGCUUGGAGGAAUCAGGGAGUGAACAACCGGAAUCUCAGUUUUCGGACAGGUUUAUAUCUCCGCCAUGCCGGAAUCGAGUUCAGAUCCUGCAAAUGGUAAUGGGAAGAGGAGCCUCCCUUCGUGGAUGGGCUCCGGGGGCGGGGAGGGAAGUCCAGGCAAGAAGAAACACGCGGAGGAGACCCGCGAGAGGGCUCAAACAGGGCCGGAUUUCUCUAAACUCUUGGAUGGGGUGGUGUUUGCGCUGUCAGGGUUCGUGAACCCUGAGAGGGGCAGACUGCGCUCCCAGGCGCUGGAUAUGGGAGCGGUGUACCGGCCCGAUUGGUCAUCGGAUUGCACGCUUCUUAUUUGUGCAUUUGCCAACACCCCCAAGUUCCGGCAAGUGCAGUCGGAGAAUGGAACCAUCGUCGCGAAGGAAUGGAUCUCGGAAUCGCACAGUCAAAAAAAACUUGUUGACAUCGAGCCGUACCUUAUGCAUGCUGGAAAACCAUGGCGAAAAUUUAAAGAGCAAGCUGAAUCCAGUCGAGAUCAGAAGAAGCCACAUAAAGACCAUGAAAAGCAACUUGAACGGGCUCAUGCUAAGACAUCGCCCUCUGCUGCCAUUAAGGCAGGACAAGCAGACGCUACAAACAAAUAUUUUUCACCCUCUAAAAUUAAACAAUGGGCAAUGGAUGAUUUUGUAAAAACAAUAUCAUGGUUGGAGAGCCAAGAAGAGAAGCCAGAGCCAAACGAAAUGAAGGCAAUAGCUGCUGAAGGGGUUAUCACUUGUCUGCAGGAUGCCAUCGAAUCCCUUGAGCAAGGCAAUGAUAUCAGUGGAGUGGCGGAUCAGUGGUGCUUUGUCCCCCAUGUUGUCGAUGAGCUAGUGCGACUGGAUGGAAGAAGAAACGAGGGAUCACUGUCUAAACAACAACUCACCCAACUAGCAGUGAAAUGCAAGAAAAUCUACCAGGCCGAGUUAGCCCACAUGGAGAGUGAUGACAAGAAGGGAAAGGUACGUCAGAGCAAUCCUCCUGACACUGAUAGUCGUGGGAAGACUGGAACAGAUGAUGCUGAGUACGACAGUGAUGAUACAAUAGAGAUGACAGAGGAAGAGAUCGAUCUCGCUUGCAGACAGUUCUCGGGGAUUAGUAGCUAGGUGAGGAAAGUGUUUUUUUUUUCUUCUGAAGAGGAGAAUGCUGACUAUAUAUCUCUGGGCACAGUAUGUUCGACAGUGAUCGAAUGUAGUUGUUGUGGAUGGGAAAUCUUAAAAAGUUUAUCUGGAGCAUGCGUUCUGUUCUUCGUCUA